UUUGUUUCCACACGGCUACAUGAGUGGACACCAUAGUCUUAUGGUAAUAGAGCAUGGUGUAGUUGAAUAAUACUACAACCUUCAAGUUCGAUGGCUCUGUCCUGUUACACCUUCAUCUCUGCUUCUCCACCUUCACUCUCACUCCAAAGCCACCGUCCCUCACAUCUUCCCCGUCGAGUUUUCUAUCCAAGUGCUUCCUUAAGCUCUUCAUCCCCUGAAUCUACUGCAUCAUCAUCAUCACCACAAAGUGGUCCCUCUGCAUCAACCAGCACCACCACUACCAAAGCUUCAUCCACCCCUUUUGUGGAGUCUAGACCACCUGACCCUGCCUUCAACUAUGCAUAUGCCAACACCAAUGGCAGCCCGAUUGUUAGGAUGGUUCGAGCCACUGAGUCUUCCAUUGAAAGGAUCAUUUUCGACUUCCGUUUCUUGGCACUCCUUGCUGUUGGAGGUUCCUUGGCUGGGUCACUCUUGUGCUUUUUAAAUGGCUGCAUUUAUAUUUUUGAUGCAUACAAAGUCUAUUGGACAUGCUGUGUCAAAGGAGUUCACUCUGGAAAGAUGGUUUUGCGGCUGGUUGAAGCAAUUGAUGUUUAUCUUGCUGGAACAGUCAUGUUGAUUUUUGGUAUGGGCUUAUAUGGAUUGUUCAUAAGCAACACACCUCCUGAUGUGCCACCUUCUGUAGACCGUGCCCUUAAAGGAUCAUCUCUAUUUGGGAUGUUUGCUUUGAAGGAGAGGCCUAAGUGGAUGAAAAUCAGCUCACUUGAUGAACUGAAGACAAAAGUGGGGCAUGUUAUUGUCAUGAUUCUUCUGGUGAAAAUGUUUGAGAGGAGCAAAAUGGUUGCCAUUUCCACAGGAUUGGAUUUGCUUAGUUAUUCAGUUUGUAUUUUCUUAUCAUCCGCAUCUUUGUAUAUCCUUCAUAAUCUGCAUAAGACUGACUAGAAUGUAGUAGACAUUGUAAUAUUCUUGAUCCAUUCCUGUAAGUAAAAGCUCAUAUGAUCCAUACAUUUAUUGCUGAAUCUUUUGUUCAUCAAUGAGAAGAAAUGCAAGGGGUUUACCUACACUAAA